CCCUAAUUUGACCCAACCCAGUGCCGAAGAGAAAGGAAAUGCCAGAGUAGAGAGAUCGCAGAGGCCUAUGGCAGAAACCUGCUAGGGAGAACCAGUGAACAACGAAAUUGUUAUCUAGAUAGAUUGUGCCCAAGCAGGAGGAAUAAGAUGCCUCCUUACGACUGUAUGUUUCUGUUUAAACCUCAUAUCGCGAAAGAAGCUAUUUUGGAUUUAGUUGUAAGGGUGGGAAAACAUGUGUCUGGAAGAAAUGGGGUUGUCACUGAUGUUAAGAAUUUUGGAAAUGUUCAAUUGGGAUAUGGUGUGAAGAAGCUGGAUGGCAGAUAUUAUCAGGGGACGCUGAUGCAAAUGAGCAUGAUGGCUACACCUGAAAUCAACAAAGAAUUGCAUUACCUAAACAAAGAAGACCGGUUGUUGCGUUGGCUUUUGGUCAAGCAACGUAACACAAAAUUUGGGCUCGAUUUUUUAGAGGAUGAAGGCAGGUUGGAGCUAAGCAAAUUUUCCGAAAUCAGUAAACUUGAUGAAGAUGAAGAGGAUGAGGAUGAUGACGAUGAGGAGUACCAAUUGGAGGAAGAAGACACAAAGUAAACUAAGACAGCUGAGGAUUUUGUUAGCUUCCAUAAAAUCAGUUUGCAUUGUAUUUUCAGUGCCAAACAUGUGCUUCCUUACAGUGCCAAGUAAAGGAUGAAUGAAUUUAGUUCAAAUCAAAAUAUGAUUUGAGAAAAACAAGAUCACAACAGAUUUUUAUCAUAGUCCCUAAUUUUAUAUUCACGUAUUGAAAAAUAAGAAUAAUUCACUUUUACAUCA